AUGUGUUUACCGGGCACACUGGAGGAGCUCGCGUCACAUUGCACUGCAGCCUGUAGAGGGAAGCUAGAAGAAUUGGACGGUACAGGCUGCUGCCGGUGUGAGAUACACCUAGAGGCUCAGCUCCAGUGCAAUCUUCCGGGCUUCCAAACGAGAUGUGUGCUGCUGUUACAUGGACUGAUACACGCAUUGGUGGUUCUUCAGAAAUCAUCAUGGUGGUCUGGGCCAGAUAGAGAAGAAAAGGGAAAGUCAACGAGUCUGAUUAGAGAAAACACGACAUCACCUGGAUAUAUUGUUAUCUACAUAACUAAUGUAGAUAUUUACAACUGGUGCUAUGAAAUUCAGACAGUGACAGAUUCAUCAUGCAAAGUGCCAACUAAGUGGAGUGGCUUUUGUGGAGAGAAAAAACAGUCCCCUAUUAACGUUAUCACAUGUGAUGCCGAGUUUGACUCGAAAUUAAAACCAUUUAAAUUUGAAGGCUAUGAUAAAGCACAGAAUUGUUUAUUAAAGAAUAAUGGUCAUUCAGCUGAGCUUGAACUAGAGGGUAAAGAAACGAUAGCAAUCUCUGGAGGAGGUCUUUCAGGUACAUACAUAGCUACACAGCUCCAUUUUCAUUGGGGAAGUAAAGACAAUCCUGGAUCAGAGCAUAGUCUAAAUGGAGAAAAAUAUCCCAUUGAGCUUCAUAUAGUACACAAAAAAAAAGAAGCACGAUCGGAAUCUGGUGGUGGGAGCAACUCAAGUGAUGGUCUUGCAGUACUUGGAUUCUUCCUCGAAGAAGGUUCAGAAAAUGGAAAUUACAGUAAUUUAAUUAAAGGAUUUAGAGAAAUUACCAAAUAUGGUACCAACACUACUAUUUCUAAUGUAAAGCUACAAGAUUUGAUUCCAAAAGAAGAUCAGCUGAAACUGUUUUACAGAUACAGUGGCUCACUUACUACUCCUCAGUGUAAUGAGACUGUUGUUUGGACAGUGUUUCCCACAAGAAUUAAGCUGAGUACCAAUCAGAUUGCGGCUUUCUAUUCAAGCCUAAAUUACACUGGUGGGCAAACCAUGACAAAUAAUUUUAGGCCUCUUCAAAAACUGAAUGGAAGAACGAUCUACACAUCAGGCGGAAUUGUGAUAUUGCCUCAAGCUAGAUAUUUACUGAUUGCAUUGUUUGUGUUUUGUUUAACAUCAAUGUCCUAAAGAGGUUUAGCCCCCAACAUUAACUCUUGUUGAACUGGUGCAUAGUGUAUCUUAAAAACUAGUUGGAUGUACACAUGGGCACUGUAUAUGCUAUUUGCCAUCAUCCUCACUUUGCACUAGGUUCAUGGCAGAGCACAACUCAGGCAGAAAUUUAUGAAUAAGACCUUUCUAAAUUACACAUUGUAUUAUAAAAAUGUAGACAAUCACAAUGUAAUUAUUACACGUUAUGUAAAAAUAAACAUAAUGUAGUACAUAUAUAUUGAAUAUAUUCAUGUGCAUAGAAUAUAGGAAUUUGUUGUAAGUUAUUUUUACAUUUCAAUAUGAGGCUAUAGAGUUAUUUAAUGAUCUAAUAUUCACUAGGAAAAAUUAAUAUGCAGUGUUUUUUAUUUUAAUGGAUGUUUAAAGAGAAUCUGACAGCAGGACUGGUCAUUCAUACUAAUCUACUGGCACUGGGUAAUGGUACGGGCAGCGCUGAUCAGAAUGUUUUUUUUUUGCCUUACUGAGCAAGCGCGGGAUCUUACAGUGCAUAGCAGCUAUUACCAGGGCCGCUAUCAGGAGGGUACAGCCAGUACCCCAGUAAGGGGCCCUGGCUCCUAGGGGCCCCGGGCCCCUGGCUGCACCACCCUGCAGCAGCCCCAGUUAAAACAGCAAUCUUCUGCUUCCACUGGCAGCUGCGACCUAAUACUUACUGCCACCUGUCCUCUCCUCCCUGUAUGAGUGGAGGAUCUUACAGGCAGCAGCACAGUGCACAGUGGAGCGAUUAACUGCCGAACAUAGGGCUGUGUAUGGGAUGGCAGAGGACCUUCGAUGAUGUCAUUACCAUGUGAUCAGUCACAUAGGUGGGAGGAGCCUGACUGCUGUGCUGUGGAGGCCCAGGAAGAAGUUCCUUUAUAGGGGAAUGUGUUUAUCAUGAGAAGGUAACCUAUAGUACAUACUCACACACAAAUAACUAUAUCUGUGUUUUUCAAACAGGUGCCUCCAGCUGUUAAAAAACUACAAUUCCCCGCAUGCCCAGAGAACCGACGCCUGUAUUGGUAUGCUGGGAGUUGUAGUUUUUAACCAGCUGGAGAUACAUUAUUUGGAAAACACUGCACUAUAAAAUUCACACACACUGCACCAUCUCUCCUGAUCGGCCUGACAUAGGCAAAAAAGAAAAACACCAUUGUUAUCAGCGUCACCCGCAGAAUUACCCAGUAACAGCAGGUUAGUAUAGACUACCCUGCUGUCAGAUUACCUUUAAGAAACAAAAAAACUGAAAUCUCAGGGCGAUAUAGUAAAGAUUUUUCAUACUGUACCUUAAUACUAAUGAUGCCAAGUAUUUCUUUUUUUUUUUUACUACUUGCUUUGAACAAAAAGCUCCCACUGAACAUAAGAAUGUAAGCUCAGAUGAGCAAGGAAACUGUGACUGAAUAUAACUGUAUAAAUGACAUGUAUGCACAAGAUAAUGACUGAUACUCAUAAAAUCCAUUACCAUUACAAUGGAAUCUCAUAGAUAUGUUACACUAACAGAACUUGAGUAUAAAAUGAAAUGAAGUCAGGACCUCAUCCAGCUUGUGUGUUCAUGUCAUUAUUUUGUUCUAUGAACUUUACUAAGAACAGUUAUUCUAUACAAUAAAAUGAUGUAUCUGAAAAAUAUUUAAAUAAAUAAAUAAAAUUUUCUG